CCCUUAAAAGAAAAUACCCAAUUCACUAUUGUAUUGCUCAGUCUUCGUAAUGAUGGAAGAAGAAAAGGAGAAGGGAACAGAGGGGGAAGAAAUUUCAGAUUUCUCUUCGCUGCCAGAAGGAGUCGUAGCUAAGAUCUUGUCGCUGACCACUCCAUCGGAUGCCUGCAGAUCGUCGGCGGUUUCCAGGACUUUCCAUGCAGCGGCGCAGUCAGACAUUGUAUGGGACAAACUCCUACCCACCGAUUGGAAGCUUUUGAUUUCUCGCCGGAAACCUAGCAACCUCAAUUUUGAUCCAAUUUCUAGUCCGAAGAAGGAGAUCUUUUUCUCCCUUUGCGAAAGCCCUCUGCUAAUUGACGACGGCAACAAGAGCUUGUCAUUGGAAAAAUGGAGUGGUAAGAAAUGCAUAAUGCUCGGAGCAAGGGACCUAUCGAUCGUUUGGGGUGAUACCUCCUACUAUUGGAGUUGGGAACACCAUACCGAUUCAAGGUUCGCAGAGGUAGCUGUACUCCUCGAUGUGUGGUGGCUUGAAAUACGUGGAAGAAUAAGUUGCAGAAUGUUGUCUCCUAAAACUACUUAUGCAGCUUAUUUUGUGUUCAAGAUGAGGCAACGUAGAUACUACGGGUUCAAUAUCAAUCCUGCUGAUGCCACAGUGGGAAUUCUUGGCACUGAACCCCAUCGGAAAAGUGUUUGUUUGGACCCUUAUUUGGACAAUCCUCAACGGCGGCGCCGUCACGCACCAUGGAUGAUGAGGCCUCAGUCUGAAGACAUGGCAGGGUUAGAGUGGCCACCGGAGAGACACGAUGGGUGGUUUGAAAUUGAAUUGGGGGAGUUUGAAAGUGGUGAUGGAGAUGAUGAAGUGGAGAUGGCUCUUAUGGAGGUGAAGGGCUCUUCUGCUAAGAGUGGCCUUGUUGUUGAGGGGAUUGAGAUUAGGCCUAAACCCAGCCGCCCUGUUGUAUAGAUAACUUUAUUAAAGCAAUGGUAUUGCUAUUACCGCCAUGAAAAUAGAACAUAAGACCUUGCUUUGUAAAUCGACAGAUUUGAGAAAACUAUAAAAGAUAUCUAUGGGAUUGUUACUAUUUUCAUAUAUGAGGGUGUGAGAGUGGAGAUUUGGGAUGUCAAUACAGGAGAAAUGUUUUAACUA